AUGGAUGGCGAUUCUUGUAACUCACUGCUCUUUCACGAUAAAGACUUUUCGUGUGACUUACUCAAAGAGCUGAACAGGUUGAGAGAAACCGGUUUAUUAACAGAUGUUAUCAUUUGCACUGAUGAUUGUGAGUUUCCAUGUCACCGCAAUGUGUUGGCUUCAAGUAGCCCCUAUUUCAAGGCCAUGUUCUGCAACAAUUUUAGGGAGAGCAUCCAAGAAAGAGUGACUUUAAUGGGCAUCAGUUCAGACACAUUUCAUCGGAUAAUCACAUAUGUUUAUACUGGAGAUAUCCUUAUCACAGUUGAUAAUGCAUUCCAUCUCAUUCAAGCUGCUUCAUUACUCCAAUAUGAUACAUUGCUGGGAACAUGCUCUAAAUUCCUCCAGAACCAAAUGACUCCUCAAAACUGUUUAAGCAUGAUUUGUCUUUCUGAAUUUUUUAUUUGCAAGAGCCUUACAGAGAAAGCUAGACAAAUGGCUUUGCAAUGUUUUAAAGAGGUAUCCCUAUCAGAGGAUUUGAAGGAGCUCUCUGCGUUGGAAUUGUUGGACUACCUCGGAGAUGAUGACCUUUAUGGGGAAGAGGAACAAGUCUAUGAGACCCUGAUGGCUUGGAUCAGACACGAUGUCCAAGAGCGAAAGUGCUACCUGCAAGAAUUGUUUACAAAAGUCAGACUUGAAUAUGUUCAUCCAAUGUUUCUUUUCCAGUUCAUUGCCAAUGACCCCCUUAUUCAGUCCUCCCUGUCUUGCCGAACCAUGUUGGAAUCUGCCUGUAGAGUGAUAUUUUCUUUGAACCAAAAUAUUUCUCCAGACAUUAAGUCCAUGUGGCAUGUCCCACGACGCUUUUCUCAUCAAGAAUUCCUUAUAAAUGUUGGAGGCCGGAAAGACAGCCAGCAGACCACCAGAGAUGUCUUGUUGUACAAUGAAAAGUCUAACCAGUGGCUUAGGCUAGCCAAGCUACCGCUACGUCUUUACAAGGCUACAGCAGUUGGUCUGCACGGUAGUGUCUAUGUGCUUGGUGGGUUGUCUAUGGCCAACAAGGACAAAACAGUUACUUCAAGCGUGUAUAUUCUUUCUCUCAAAUUAAACCAGUGGAGGAAAGGAGAGCCUAUGCUUGUUCCAAGAUUUUCUCACCGAAGCGUUGGAUACAUAAACUAUAUAUUUUCAAUUGGGGGAAUUGGUGAGAAACGAGAAAUACUCAACUCAGUGGAAAGGUUUGAUAGCAUUUAUAAUACAUGGGAGACCAUGGCCAGCAUGCCAGUUGCUGUCCUUCAUCCGGCUGUAGCUGCCAAAGACCAAAGAAUCUACCUCUUUGGUGGAGAGGACGUCAUGCAGAAUCCUGUUCGGCUUAUACAGGUUUACCACAUUGCAAGGAACACAUGGUUCAGGAUGGAGACCAGGGUGGUGAAGAAUGUCUGUGCUCCAGCGGUAGUAAUCGGUGAUAGGAUUAUAAUAAUUGGAGGUUACACAAGGAGAAUAAUUGCCUAUGACACGACAAAGAACACAUUUGUGAAAUGUGCAGACAUGAAGGACAGAAGGAUGCACCACGGAGCUACUGUUCUACAAAAUAAAAUCUAUGUGACGGGAGGUCGGAGCCUGACUGUGAACAACGCCAUUGAGGAUUCUGACUCUUUUGAUUGUUAUGACCCUGAAACAGACACGUGGACCUCAAAGGGAAAACUGCCUAGCAAACUCUUUGACCAUGGCUGUCUCACUCUUCAGUGUAUCCCAACAAAUUUACAAUAG